UCAAAACUAUACAAACCGUGGGGGGAUCUGUAUGACAUUAUUCAAACUCAAGAGACCAUUUUGCAAUUUACACUAAUAUCAUUCGCCUCAAAUGGGUUUUAGGGUUUAAGACUCUUCCUUCUUCAGCUCAGUCCCUCACUCGUAUUUUUUCCAAAUUUUUUCUUUAUUAUAGUCAUAAAUAUCUGAAAUUCAGCAUGUGGGCGCUGCGUCGAGUCUCCAUUUCUACCAAGAACCGAGGAUUUAGCAUAUGGCCCUCUCAAAUUUGCUGUGUUAAAACAGAGAUAGCAAGAUGUUAUAUGGAUAAUUACAAUGCUGAAUUUAUUGAACCCCAAGAAAUACCAGCCGAUGGAUUGCAUUCAUUUAGAAGAUUCUAUAGCAAAGCAUCUAAUUUUUGGAAACUAUCCGUCGAAGUUCGUGGUUAUUCUUCACAGGCUGACUCUAAGAAUGGAGAGGAAGAUGAAGACUUGGAGGAAGGGUUCUCUGAACUUGAAGGUCCAACUGUUUCUGGUGCCAUUCUAGAAGAUAAUGCUGGAGAUGAGAAUGAUGAUGAACUAAUUUCUGGUCCAGAGCUGUCUGAAGAGGAGUCUUCAGACGAUGGCAUCCAAGGGACGCAAAAUGAGUUGGAGGUAAUAGAUAAUGAGACUGGUGUUGCAGAGAAGUUAUCUUCAAGAAAGAUGGGUACUUCAGCAUUGGCCCGUGCUAUCUUAGAUGCCCCAGCUUCUUCUCUUGGCAAGUUUUUGGAUAAAUGGGUUGCAGAAGGUAAUGAAGCUACCCGGUUAGAAGUACUGUCAGCGAUGCUUACUCUGCGGAAACGGCGUUUGUAUGGCAAGGCUUUGCAGCUGUCGGAGUGGUUAGAAUCUAAAAAGCUUCUCGACUUUGGAGAGAGAGAUUAUGCUUCCCGUCUUGAUUUAAUUGCCAAAGUACGUGGCAUCUACAAGGCAGAAAGCUACAUUCCGCACAUUCCUGAAUCUUUCAGAAGUGAACUUCUCUAUCGAACUCUCUUGGCAAAUUGUGUUUCUGUAAGCAACGUGAAGAAAUCUGAGGAGGUUUUCAAUAAAAUGAAGGAUCUAGAAUUUCCUGUGACAUGCUUUGCUUGCAAUCAGUUACUGCUUCUUUACAAGCGGGUUGACAAGAAAAAAAUCGCUGACGUUUUGUUGUUAAUGGAGAAAGAAGAUAUCAAGCCAUCCCUCUUCACUUACCAAGUCUUGAUUGAUGCGAAAGGGCAAUCUAAUGACAUUGCUGGGAUGGAACAAAUUGUUGAGACACUGAAGGCUGAGGGGAUGGAACCUAACACCCAAAUUCAAUCCAUAUUGGCACGGUACUAUGUCGCUGGUGGCCUAACAGAUAAAGCCGAGGCCGUCUUGAAAGAGAUGGAGGGGGACAAUAUAGAGAAAAAUCGUUGGGCUUGCAGGCCUUUGCUUCCUCUUUAUGCAGCCCUUGGAAAGACUGAUGAAGUUGAACGGAUCUGGAGAGUCUGUGAAUCUAAUCCACGUUUGGAAGAGUGUACUGCUGCCAUUGAAGCUUGGGGAAAGCUAAAGAGAAUUGACGAAGCAGAAGCAGUUUUUGAUAAAUUGGUAAAAAAAGUGAAAAAUCCCUCUGCAAAACAUUAUUCUGUUCUACUGAAAGUUUAUGCACAACAUAAGAUGUUGGCGAAAGGAAAGGACCUUGUGAAGCAAAUGGCAGAAAGUGGUUCUGCCAUCGGACCACUGACUUGGGACGCACUUGUGAAGCUUUAUAUUGAUGCUGGAGAAGUGGAAAAGGCCGACUCCAUACUACAUAAGGCUGCUGAGAAGAGAAGGGGCAAACCAAUGUUUAGUUCAUAUAUGGCGGUUAUGGACCAAUAUGCUAAGAGAGGUGAUAUCCACAAUGCUGAAAAAUUGUUUCAUAGAAUGAGACAAGUUGGGUACGUCUCAAGAUUCCGGCAGUACGAAUCACUCAUUCAAGCCUACAUAAAUGCCAAGGCUCCUGCAUAUGGUUUCAGCGAGAGGAUGAAGGCUGAUAAUAUAUUCCCUAACAAAGCACUGGCUGCUCAGUUGGCUCAGGUAAAUGCAUUUAGAAAGACGGCAUUGUCGGACUUGUUGGAUUAAGGACAUCGCGUAUGUUUGGUAAGCAGCACUAGAGAAGACUCAUAGAACAUUUUAGCUUAUUUUUCUUCCUUAAAACUGUUUUAAGACUCUCCAAUCCUCCUUUCCAAACGUGCCAUGAGAUACUUCCUGGAGCAAUCUACGCCCAUAAUAGCUUUGCUCGCUGUAAGGUAUCGUUCUCUGUUCUGCACUUGUGUUAUCAUCCAACACUAGAGUAGCUGACUGUAGUUUGGAACUUCUCUAUUCCUGGCAUUCUGUUUGUAAGGAAGUUGGAUCAUUACAUGAAUCAAUCAAUUUCUGCAUCAUCAACUUUGUACGUUGCAUAAUAUGUGGAAAGUUUUGUAUGCUAUUUCUUCUGCUGAAUGUGAGUUUUAUUUCUUUUC